CCAGUUGAUCAGGAGAAACAUGGCCUACUCUGCAAAGCCUUCUCACCUUCUUCUCUUUGUUUUCUUUCUCUCAUCACUUGAAUCCAUUCUUGCAACAACACAAGAGGGAGAAGCUCUUGUGAAGUGGAAGAAUAGCCUAGCCCCUUCUUCUUUUCUCGACUCUUGGUCACUCACCAAUCUCGAAAAUCUUUGUAACUGGACUGGCAUUACUUGUAACUCUGCAGGUUCAGUCUCGGAGAUUAACCUUUGUGAGAAACAACUUGAUGGAAUGCUGUCCGAGUUUGGUUUCACUUCAUUUCCAAAUCUCAACAAUCUCAUCCUCGCAGAUAACUUCUUCUCGGGUCCCAUACCACCGGCCAUUGAGAAUUUAACACAGCUUCGAUUUCUUGAUUUAAGCUUUAAUUCUCUCCAUGGUCCCAUUCCGUUCCAGGUUAGCCAUCUUCAGAGCUUGCUCAUCUUAAACCUGUCACAGAAUGCAUUGCAAGCUCCAAAUUGGUCCCAUUUCUCUCCCAUGCCUUUCUUGCGCAUCCUCAACCUCAGUUACAAUCCUCUUGCGUCGAAAUUCCCAUAUUUUAUAUCCAAUUCUCAUAGCCUGACUCACCUUAGCCUUAAUUAUAACGAGUUUACUGGUGAUUUAGUACGUGAAUCAGUAUUUGCCAAUCUGCAUAAUCUUGAAGUGCUCAGUCUUGUUGGCAAUUCUUUUGAGGGGCCAUUUCCGCCGGAUGUAGUCCAGCUUUCCAAAUUAAAACGUCUCUUCCUGUCAGGUAACAAAUUUUCAGGUUCAAUUCCCAAUGACAUAAGGUUGCUUUGUGAUCUUGAAUACCUAUAUUUAGGCAACAAUUCCUUUGAAGGACCGCUUCCACCAAAUAUAUUCAAGCUUUCAAAAUUAAAAAAUCUUGUUAUUUGGAGUAAUAAGUUUUCAGGUUCUAUUUCCAAUGAUAUAGGUUUGCUUUCUGAGCUUGACACCCUCAAUCUUCGCUCUAAUUUUUUUAAGGGUCCGCUUCCGUCAAAUAUAUUCAAGCUUUCCAAAUUAACAAGUCUUGACCUCGCAGACAAUAGAAAUUUAUUUGAAGGAAGUAUUCCUAUUGGACUGGGACUCUUGACUAACCUCAGGUUCUUAGAUCUACAUUCCAGUAAUCUCAGUGGCUAUAUUCCAUCUGACAUUGGAAACCUGAAGCUACUAGUACUUCUUAAUCUCGGUUCUAAUAAAUUGACUGGACCGCUUUUAAAGAUCGUUUCUAAUCUCACAAAUCUUAUAUAUUUUGAUGUAAGUGAUAAUAGUCUUCGUGGAAAUAUUCAGAGUGACUUGUGGAUAUAUAACGAUCAUCCAACUUUGGAAUACAUCAAUUUAAGUGGGAACCAUUUUACGGGUGAGCUUCCAACAACAAUUUGCAAUGUCACUUCCCUUUCAAUUCUUGAUUUGUCAAAUAAUGAAUUAAGUGGUGCACUUCCAAACUGUUUCGGGAAUCUUGCUGAUAGAUUGCUUUUCAUUAAUCUUGCUAAUAAUCAGUUUCGAGGAACAAUACCAACUACUUUCUCCAGGAGUUGUCAGCUGACAUAUCUAAACAUGGAUGAUAAUGAGUUUGAAGGAUUGUUGCCCCCAUCUUUGGCGAACUGUAAGCACUUGAAAAUUUUUGAUAUUGGCAAUAAUAAAAUAGGUGGUACAUUUCCGUUAUGGCUUUAUGCACUUGGAGAGCUAGAAGUCCUUGUCUUGCGAUCAAAUAAACUCUGUGGUACAAUAAGUGGAAGGAGCAUAGAAGAUCCCUUCCCCAAGUUGCGGAUUGUGGAUCUGUCCAACAACCACUUCACAGGCCAUUUGCCAAUUCAAUACUUUAAGAAUAUGAAAUCAACUGAUAAUUUGUAUAGUUAUCAGCUUUUCACAGCAGUUUUUUCUUUCCAUUAUGAAGCAGCAGUCUCAUUAAUUGUGAAGGGAACAGAGUAUGAAGUGGCAAAUAACCUUCAUAUUUACACAGCCAUUGAUCUGUCGUGCAACAAAUUUCAGGGAGAAAUUCCAAAGGUUACUGGAGAGCUUAGAUGGCUUGCAUUGCUCAACUUAUCUCAUAAUAGUCUAACAGGACCUAUCCCAUCAUUGCUGGGAAAUAUGAAAGAACUCCAAUCUUUAGAUUUGUCUUCAAAUCAACUGACAGGGGCCAUUCCACCUCAGCUAACUGCAUUGACAUUUCUAGAGGUCUUAAACCUCUCGGGAAACCAUCUUAGUGGAGAGAUUCCUCAGAAAGGACAGUUCAGCACAUUUAACAAUGAUUCUUAUCUAGGAAACUCCGCGUUAUGUGGAUCACCUUUGACGAAGAAAUGUGCAAACACAGCAUCACCUCCACAAGAAGUCGGAAAUGGUGAUGAAGAAGAUGGUGGUGAUGAAUUGACAUGGGAAGCAAUCGUGAUGGGAUAUGGAUGUGGACUGAUAUGUGGAUUGUCAUCGGCAUACAUUGUUCUCAAACUAGGAAAGCCUUGGUGGUUUGUGAGAUAUAUCGAAGUACUGCAACAGAAGUUGAUGAAAAGAUGCUUGAAGAAAGGUACUGGUCGAUCAAGACGAACUUGAAAGUUGUUGUCCAUGUGGACAUUUCUGAACCAGUAGUGUACUAGCUGCAUAAGUAUUUGGUAUUAUGUAAUAUUCUGUUUGGUGGGGAAUCAUAAUAAUUUUUCUUCC